AUGUUAGGGGUUAUCGCUUUUGCAUUUAUGUUGGUUGAAAUUGAAAUGUUAUGGGCAGUUGAUGGAUCAUGUUUCUUUCGGGAAUAUAAUGAGACUGAUGAUGAUGAUGACGGCAAAUGUGAACUAAUAGGAACAUUAACGAUAAAACAUACAUUAUUUUCCAGUAAAAAAUUCAGUAGAAGUGUAAUCAAUACAUUAGGGUUGAUUCAAGAUAUAUUAAAUUUUUACUUUGUGGGAUUCUUUAAUAAUAUUACUCUAUAUCCAAUAGAGAAGUAUUUUCUACCAAGAAUAUAA